AUGUCCAAUUUCAAUUUCGACCACCCAACUCCAACUUCGUCGAAAAGGAAUAUCAUCGACCUAACGCUAGACGACGAUGAUGAUAGUUUCAGUGGUGGUAGUCCAUCAGACAAUAUCACACAGACCUUUGAUAUGGACUUGUUCAAUUCUACUACCGAAGCAUCCUCAGGCUCUCAAUUGACGGAACGCUUCGAAGAUGACUUUUCGUCGACUGCUUCCAAUUUUCUUCCUAUAGAUAAACACAUCGACUUGGCUUUGGCUACUUUCAAUAAUAAUAUCAUAUCGGGAUCAAUCAAAUCGACCAAAUCGACCAAUCAAUUCAUCCCCACUCAAGAUCUCACCCAUGAUUCUCGUCAAUAUCAGCGCCUCGAUCCUAGUAAUGUUUGUUACCCCUAUGAAGUUGGACAGUACACACAGCCAUAUCCUAGAGCAGACAAGGAUUGGAAGUCAGAUAUGGACGAAGUGACAUUAUAUUUAACGAGUCUAAUAGACGAUCUGGCAGAAUCUGAGAAAAACCAGGACGAAUCGCUGGGAUCGAUAAUGGCUAUCGCCAGUAGAGUGGAGCAUCAAUCCAGAGAUGUAGAACAGACCUUAAACGUUCUUCAAAACUCCUUAAUGGCUCAAAAACCUACUUCCACAUCAACAAUCGAUCCCUCACAGCUUCAUACAGAUGCAGAUCCGAAUCUCGAGCAGAGACUUCAAGAUCUGGAGAAUAAGAAUAGACAAUUAGAGAACGAGAAUGAACGAUUGCAAGUGUCUUCUCUCGAAUAUCAAUUAUCAUGCCAUAUCCUUCGUGGACAAUUGGCAGAGAGAGAUUUACAGAUGAUGCAGUGUAAGAACAAGUGA